CAAUCCCAAACUGCGUGCCCUGGCGACAGCCUUGUCCCCAGGCUUCCUGAGGUUUGGUGGCACUGAGACAGAUUUUCUCAUCUUUGAUCCCAACAAGGAUUCGACAUUGGAAGAAAGAAUCAUCUGGCAACUUCAGGCCCAGCAAGAGGCCUGUGGCUCAAGGCCUGUGUUUGCUGCUGUUGAGAGGCUGCUGCUGGCCCAGUGGCCCAGCCAGGAGAAGCUGAUUCUUGUGGAGCACAACUGGAGAAAGCACAAAAAUACCACCAUUACAAGAAAUACCCUGGAUAUUCUCUACAGCUUUGCAAACUGCUCAGGGUUUCACCUCAUCUUUGGGCUCAACGCCUUGCUGCGGAAAGAUGGCUUGCAGUGGGACAGCUCCAAUGCCCAGGCACUGCUGGACUACUGUGCCUUGCGGAGGUACAACAUCUCCUGGGAGCUUGGGAAUGAGCCCAAUAGCUUCAGGAAGAAAUCUGGUGUCUACAUCGAUGGCUUCCAGCUGGGGCAAGACUUUGUUCACUUACGCCACCUCCUCAGUAACUAUACCCUCUACCGGCACGCCAAGCUCUAUGGUCCUGACGUCGGGCAGCCCCGAAAGCACACGCAGAGACUGCUGAGAAGCUUCCUGAAAUCAGGAGGGAAGGUGAUCGAUUCUGUCACGUGGCACCAUUACUAUGUGAAUGGACGAAGUGCAACAAAGGAAGAUUUCUUGAGCCCUAAAGUGCUGGAUACCUUUGCCACAGCUGUACAUGAAGUCCUGGAGAUCGUUGAUGGGACUGUGCCCAACAAGAAGGUGUGGCUGGGAGAGACGAGCUCUGCCUAUGGAGGGGGAGCUCCAAGGCUGUCCAACACUUACGUUGCCGGUUUUAUGUGGCUGGACAAACUUGGGCUUUCAGCCAGGCAGGGGAUUGACGUGGUGAUGAGACAGGUUUUCUUUGGGGCAGGUACCUAUCACCUGGUGGAUGCCAACUUUGAGCCUUUGCCGGACUACUGGCUCUCGCUGCUUUACAAGAAGCUGGUGGGUACCAAGGUGCUGCAGGUUGGCCUGACAGGAGCCGAUGAGAGGAAGCUCCGUGUCUACCUCCACUGCACGAACCCCCUCCACCCAAAAUACAGAGAAGGGGAUGUGACGCUGUUUGCUUUAAACCUCUAUAAUGUCACCCAACAUUUGCAGCUACCAAAUCACUUAUCAAGCAAGCACGUGGAUCAGUACCUCUUACUGCCUCAUGGCAAAGUGAAUAUCCUUUCCAGAUCUAUUGAGCUGAAUGGCCGUGUGCUACAGAUGGUGGAUGACAAAACACUGCCAGAGCUUAUUGAAAAACCCCUUGGUCCCGGCAGCAUACUCGGCCUUCCAGCCUUCUCUUACGGUUUUUAUGUUAUCAAAAACACCAAAGCUAUUGCUUGCAUUUAA